GUGAUGCCUGCAUGUAUGAUGGCCGGGAGUAUCAGAACGGUCAGGAGUUUCCAGACCCCGCUGAUCGCUGCAGUCAUUGCGUGUGCAGGAAUGGUCAGGUGACCUGCAACAGGAGGCCAUGUCCAAACCCAGGAUGUAGUAACCCCAUCACCCAGCCGGGCCAGUGCUGUCCAGUGUGUGAUGCCUGCAUGUAUGAUGGCCGGGAGUAUCAGAACGGUCAGGAGUUUCCAGACCCCGCUGAUCGCUGCAGUCAUUGCGUGUGCAGGAAUGGUCAGGUGACCUGCAACAGGAGGCCAUGUCCAAACCCAGGAUGUAGUAACCCCAUCACCCGGCCGGGCCAGUGCUGUCCAGUGUGUGAUGCCUGCAUGUAUGAUGGCCGGGAGUAUCAGAACGGUCAGGAGUUUCCAGACCCCGCUGAUCGCUGCAGUCAUUGCGUGUGCAGGAAUGGUCAGGUGACCUGCAACAGGAGGCCAUGUCCAAACCCAGGAUGUAGUAACCCCAUCACCCGGCCGGGCCAGUGCUGUCCAGUGUGUGAUGGCUGUCAGUAUGAGGGAAGGGUUUAUGCCAGUGGUGAGUCAUUCCAGUCACCCACAGCACCAUGUGAGGAGUGCAGAUGUUCUAACAGCCGUGUGUAUUGCGAGAGGAAGCGGUGUCCUCAACAGUGCGCUCAUCCAGUGAGCAUGAGGGACUGCUGUCCCGUGUGUGACGGCUGUCUGUUUGAAGGGCAGAGGUACGGAAACACGCAGACGUUCUACGCCCCCUCAGACCCCUGCAAGCGCUGCGUGUGUCAGAGCGGCUCUGUUAUGUGCAGCCCGGUCAAUUGUCCCCCGGUUUCCUGCCAUAACCCCAUCAUCCCGCCGGGACAGUGCUGCCCACAGUGCAGAGCGUGUUUUCAGCAAGGUCGGGAGUAUUUAGAAGGACAGAGCUUGACCCUCCCCAAUGAGCCCUGCAUCAAAUGCACCUGUGUGAACGGUGAGGUGAACUGUGUGGGUCCAGACUGUCCUAAACUGACCUGCAUGCAUCAGGUCACUGAUCCCGGCUCCUGCUGUCCCCGCUGCAGAGGCUGUAUUUAUGAUGACGUUGAGCACCUUGAAGGCAGUACCUGGUUUGCAUCCAGCAGUCCCUGCAUGUCCUGCAUGUGUGUGAAUGGAGUGACCACCUGCUCAGAGGUCUACUGUCUGUCCACCUGUCUAAACCAGAUCAGCGUGCCGGGCGAAUGCUGCCCAGUGUGUGCAGACUGUGUGUAUGAAGGCCGUGUGUACGGCCCUGGAGAGAGUUUCCACCCCUCUGAUGACCCCUGUCAGAUCUGCAUCUGUGAGGUGAUGCCAGACGGGGAACAGCACUUGCGCUGUUACAGGAAGCAGUGCCCAAGUCUGGUGGACUGUCCUAAACACAACAUCCUAUACAGUGGCUCUGACUCCUGCUGCCCUGUCUGUGCACAGCCCCUCAGUAACUGCACAGCUACACUGAUCGGUAAUGAAGUGUUGGCCACUGAUGAUCCGUGUUUUACCUGUCAGUGCAAGGAUUUGACGUGGACAUGUAUCCAUCGGGGCUGUGCUCCUCUCAGCUGCCCUCCGGCCGAUCAGCACACACCGCCGGAUUCCUGCUGCCCCGUCUGUGAUGAGUGUGUAUUAGAGGGCAACCAAACCCGCGUGUCAAACGGCCGGAGAUGGACAGACAAGGAGAACGAGUGUGUCACCUGCAUCUGCAAUCAAGGGCAUAUCGAGUGUGAUCUGCAGGAGUGUCCUCCUCUCGAUUGUCCGAAUGGAUCGAUCAAAGUGAAGAACCCUGGGAAGUGCUGUCCUGAGUGCACAGGCAUCAUAACUGUGGUUUACUCCAAAGACGCUCAUGCAGAGUGUGUGUACGAUGGUCAGCGGUACAACCACAAUGACCACUGGGAAGUGGACGAGUGUACGUCCUGCACCUGUGUGUAUGGAGAAGUGCACUGCCAGACCCAGAGAUGCCCAACGCUCACGUGUGCCUCGGAUGAAACGCCGGCUCUGGUUCCGGGAAUGUGUUGUCCUCACUGCAUUCCUCACCCUGCCACCUGCAUUGUGUUUGGAGACCCUCACUACCGAACGUUUGAUGGAAAGAUGGUGAACUUCCAGGGGAAGUGCACAUAUGUUCUGGCUCAGGACUGUGAGGGCGGAGACUUCAGUGUUCAUGUGUAUAAUGAGGACCGGGGACGUAAGGGAGUGUCUUGGACUAAAGAAGUGACCGUGUUUAUUGGAGAUAUUGUGGUACAGCUGUUUCAGGACUGGAUUGUCAAGGUUGAUUAUCAGCAAGUCUCUCUGCCGCUUCUUAAAGAACCGUAUGUUUACCUGGAGCGCAAGACCAACACCAUCCUCCUGAACACCAAUGUUGGGCUGAAGGUGUUGUGGAAUGGUCGUUCUCAUCUGGAAGUCAGUGUUCCUGGUACCUACAAGAAGCACAUGUGUGGUUUAUGCGGCAACUUCAAUAACUACCCUCAGGACGACAUGAAACUACGCAAUGGACAAAUCGCCAGCUCUGAAGCAGUGUUUGGAAACAACUGGAAGGUGGGCAGUGGAAAUCCAAGUGUUCAGUGUCCUGAUGCGAUAAACAUUCAACCGUGUAAAGAAGCAGGAUACUCGGCCCGUAAGACUGCGAACGCUCACUGCGCAGUGCUGAAGUCGCCCGUGUUUGAGCGCUGUCAUAAGCUGGUGCCACCUGAGAUGUUCUAUGCUUCGUGUGUGUAUGAUCUGUGUGCCUGCGGCUCCAAUAUAGACGAGUGUUUGUGUGACGUGUUGGAGGCUUACGCGUCUGAGUGCCGUGAGGCUGGAGUUAUCCUGCAGUGGAGGUCGCCGACACUCUGCGCCGUGGGCUGUCCGCUUGACCGUGGUUAUGUGUUUGAUGAAUGCGGGCCGCCGUGUCCUAAGACGUGUUUUAACAAAGACGUGCCACUUGGCGUGAUCGAGGCUCACUGCUUCAAACCCUGUGUGCCGGGAUGCCAGUGUCCCGCUGGCCUGGUGGAACACAACGCUCACUGCAUCGUCCCCGAGAAAUGCCCGAAAAUUAUCCAAGGCAAUCUCUGAGACCCACAAACUCUACCAAACAUCACGUGGAGUCAAACCAGCUAAAACUGAGAUCUGAUGAACCACAACAAGCUCUUUAAGUCAAAACAAAAUCAGAAUUUGCUUUAUUUCUUUUUAAUUCAUA